AUGUUCCUGCUCCAUGAGCUGGAUGCGCAGGUCAAGGUCCAGGCGCACCUGCUCAAGCGCAAUACAGAGGAGGCCAUUGUGCGCCAGCUGGGCAAGAUGUACUGCGACACGGUGGUGGGCGGCGUCGGGCUGGUCGUCUCCAUCCACGACCUCGUCACCGUGGCCGAGGGCAUGAUCCACCCGGGUGGCGGCGAGGUCUACUUUAACGUCGUCUUUCGGGCCCAUGUCUUCCGUGGUGUCCUCGGCGAGAUCAUGUACGGCGAGGUCAAGGCUGCUUCGCCGGCCGGCCUCCAGAUCGACCUCACCUUCUUCGACGCCGUCUUUGUCACGCCGGACCUGCUGCCGCAGCCGGCUGUGUGGAACGAGGAGUCCGAGACCUGGGCCUGGCACUACGCCGUGCCUGGCGCCGAUGAGCCGCAGGUCCUCGACAUCGCCGUCGGCGAGACGGUGACCUUUAAGAUCAUCGACGAGGCCUUCUUUGACAUCCACCGCGCCGAUGUCUCGGAUGACGCCCGCCCGCCGCAUGUCGACGAGCACGGCAAGGACGUGUCGGCAGCGACUGCCCACAAGCGUCCGUACUGCCUCCUUGUCUCACUCAACGGCAACGGGCUUGGGCUUGGCGAGUGGUGGUCGUGA